AGAGAGGAAAUCUGGAACCCAUAAGCUCCAGAGCGUUCCCUGCAUUGGUCUGAGCCCGGUCCGCCCCCGCUCGCUCGCCCUAUCAGCAGGAGCCCUUCCCAAAAUCAUCCAGCGCCUCCUCUCCGCUGGCCCAAAGGAGCAGCCAAGGGGCUCCGUGGAGGCUCAGGGGGCUUCGGGGCGCUCCUCGGGGACCCACCCGCGGCUCCUGCUCAGCGCCAAGAACCGGGACAUGAAGGAGGAAAACCUUUCCCCGCCUUCCCCGGAGGGCAGCGCGGCCGCCAGCGAGGACGAGGCCGAGCGGCUGCCCAGAAAAACCGGCCGCAAACGCGGUGGGCAAGCGCUCGGAGGAGCCCACUCGCCGCAGGGCAAGCGCAGCCGGAGCUGCCCGGCCCCGCAGCCCCCCGAGGACGCGCUCGCCCAGCGGGUCAUCGCCAACGUGCGGGAGCGCCAGCGCACCCAGUCCCUCAACGACGCCUUCGCCGAGCUGCGCAAAAUCAUCCCCACGCUGCCCUCGGACAAGCUGAGCAAGAUCCAGACCCUCAAACUGGCCGCCCGCUACAUCGAUUUCCUGUGCCAGGUGCUGCAGAGCGACCAGCUGGACCGCAGGGUCGCCAGCAGCUGCAAUUUCCUCGCCCACGAGAGGCUCAGCUACGCCUUCUCCGUGUGGAGGAUGGAGGGCGCCUGGUCCAUGUCGGCGUCGCACUGAGCUGGGUCUCCACCUCCAUGGAAGCAGCUCCAGCACCCGGAAAAACCCCAGGAGCCUCCCUGGAGAAAGGAGGGAACGACCCCAAACCCUCCACGAGCCCCAAAAACUUCGGGAAACUUUGGGGAGCCGCAGCAGGAGUGGCUUUGGGUUGGUUCAGACUCUGCUGGAGGAACUCGGGGCUGGAAUUUAUUAAAAUUCCUCCUGGGCUCGCAGGUAAGGAACGGCCCCAGUUCCCCCCGGAGCUCCCGGAGCUGCCCCGAGCCGGGAGCGGGAGGAGAAUUC